AUGAGCGUUGUCUCCUCUCCUUCUUCUUCUUCUGCUUCGACUUUUCCUCCUCCGACGACGACGACGAGCGCGAACGAUGAUGGUAAAGCUUCAGAGGAGAAGGUGGAGGAGGAUGUUGUAUCCGAAUUAGAGCAAAGAGUGAAGGACGUGGAGGACAUAAUUUUACGUUUUGGUGAAAAAAGCGACGCAACAAAAUCAGUGACAAAAUCAGCAUCAUCAUCGAAACAACAAAGCGCGUCGUCGACGUUGUUGUUCGCAAAACUCGCGAGUUUGCGCUCGGCUUUGGUGGAUUCGCGGACACGUUUUAUCGCAGCAAAAAACAGCGGCAAAGAAAACGAAAUCAAGCGUUUGCACGAUCGAUUGGAGAAGGUGUUGUUUCAGAUUGCCGUCGUAGGGGUGUUGAAGAGGGAGGAUGAAAAAAAUGGGUACCAAAGCGUACCUUUUGGUCGAAGCGCGAGGGCGAUCGCCAGAGACUGUUUAGUGCUGACGUUUUCGUUCGGUAACAGGUGA